AUGCCAAAGCCGAUCCAGCACGGCGACGAUUAUGACAGCGAUCCAGAGGUGCAGGCGGAGAAGGAGAUGGCGAAGAAGGAUCCGGUUGGCUAUGCCAUCGAUGCCAACUCGUUGACUUCGCAGAAGAAGGCGGCGGCGAAUGGCAAGGACGAGGUGUCGACGACUCCACCGAACGUCAUCGGCAACGGAGGAGCGGCUGGCGCGAUCGCCGGAGUUCCACGUAGCAAGUCACAAGACGAUGUUGCUAAGAAACAAAAGGCGGCCAACCAAUCGAAGGCGCUCAAAAAGCAACGCUCGCGUGGAAUCUCCGGAUGCUCGUCUCGCAAGUUUUCUGGAUUUGACGGCGACGAUUACGAGAUGGAAUUUGACAACUACGACGGCUACGAUCCACAGGAGUUCGACGAGGACGAAGAGGACCAUUACAUCAGAAAGCACUGA